CCAACAACGCGUGAGCUCUCGGUGGGAAGACACCAAUCAGGCCAUUUCCUAAUGGGGUUUCCGCCUGCUCGUCGUAGGUGCAAGGCGCGGCACCGGGGCACGGCCCAACGCGCGACGUGGUUGUCCCCGGCCCUGCGCGCGGGCAGGGGGCUCUCGGGGCGCACGCUCUCCGGUUGUCCCGCUGCUCCCCGAAGGACCCGCAGCCGCGGAGGGGCGGGGCCGCCCGCCCCGGGGGUGGAUAAAGCGGCGGCGGCACCGCCCCAGGACGUGCCGCUCGGAGCGGGCAGUGCUGAGUUGGUCGCUGCCAUGGGAGCCGGAGGGGUGGCAGGGCUGCUGGUUACCCUGCUGAUAGUGCCUGGAACCGGAGCAGAGGGCUGUGGGGAGGGAGAAUACUUACACGAAGGUCACUGCUGUGUGUUUUGUCCCGCAGGUACUUACGUUGAUCAGCACUGCAGCGCUCCGCAUUUGAGAGGAACAUGCCUCCCUUGCAUCGAAGGAGAAAGUUAUACUGCUCAUGAGAAUGGCUUGGAAGAAUGCUUGUUGUGCAGACAGUGCAAAGAUGAUCAGAUAACUUCGAGACCCUGUACUCUGAUGCGUGAUACUGAAUGCCAGUGCAAACCAGGGUAUUUCUGCCCUGCUGAGGGCUGUGAAGUAUGUCAGAGGUGCAGUACAGUGUAUCCGGAAGGGAAAGAAACUGUGCAGAAUUGCAAUGCUACUACCGGCCUAGGAUAUGACUUACCUGAUCAAGGAAGCACAGCUCUUGUGUGGAGUAUUGUGAUUGGUUUGGGUUGUGGUGUUCUGGUGCUGGUUUUCGUCAUUAGAAAGCUGAAGAGUGAUAAAGCUCCUUCAACUGUUAAAGAUGUGGAGAAAGGUCUGGAGUUGGAGGGCAGUACUGAAAGCCUCAUUUUACCAGAAGUGGAGGCACCUGCAAAUAAGGCAGCCAAGGCAGAGGGUGAGAACUCUGGUGAGAGCCCAGAGGGCCAAGCACAAACCAACGUUAACUUGGAAGCGAAUAACACAUCACCAGAGGAAAAUGGUGGUGUGCUUUCUGAGCGGGCUGCCAUCCUGCGUGGGGGCUUGAGGCGCCACAUGGGCAGGUUCUGGAGGAGGAUCGCUAUGUCUUCACUACCGGCAAAAACUGGACACAAUCCUGGUUUUCAUCAGAACGCCCGGUCUAACAUACAAAGCAGCAGGAUGCCAGCAAAUCAUAUGGCACGAGAACCAAAGUUUCGAAUAAUUGUUAAAGAUCUCUCUCAAAAAGAGCUGAGAGAUAGCUUUUGGGCCUUUAUAAAUGAAGUACCACCAAACAAAUGGAAGCGGCUUAUGAGAACUCAUCUACAGGAAAAUGAUAUUACUAAAAUUAUUUAUGACUUUCCUAAAGAUAGAGAAGAACAGUAUUAUCAGAUGCUUCUCACUUGGAAAAACACACUGGGAGAAAAACGAUGUAUUAUUAAAUUACUGGAUGAGUUAAGGUAUCUAGAUACCAAGGCUUAUGAUAACAUAUUGAACACUUUAAAAAGUAAUAACGUUAUAACUAAAGUAGAAGCUACAGAUUAAUGUUUACUAUGAACUUAAAAACUGUUUCUGUGUACAUAUAUGUUUACAAACCUCCUGUAAAUGAGGACAUCAACAAACUGGUAGCAGAAGCCAUGGCAUGAACUUGAUAUCCUCCUCACCUUCCCGCGGGGAGCUGGAUGUGGCCUAAUGCUGUUGCUGUUGACAUGGACUCCGGUUGUGAGGCUCACUAAGAGCUUUUGAGUUGUACGAUAUUAAACUCGAGCGCCAAUUUGAGCGUGAGAUGCUCCAGCUCGCACUUCCCUCCGUGUGAGGCAGGACCGUGCUGUCAGAGCCUGGGCAGCAGCAAUGAAGAGGCUGCUGCUGGUUUUGAGGAGACUGCCAUGCUUUUGUUUCUGAAACAGUGAUGUUCUGUAUCGGCAUGCUCGGAAUUCUUUUGUUUGAAGCGCGGCAAUAAAAGCCCGGUUGAGCCGGAA